AUGUUCCUGGUCUUGAGAACUGCUAGGACUAUGGUUGUGAUGACUAGUGCUCUCAAGCCUCCAAUUGUAGCCAUGCCUAUCCAUUCUCUUCCAGGUUCAUCUACCACGGCCUCCUUUGUUGUUCCAGAAUUGGCAGAGUUUGAAGCUAUGGAUUUAGAUGCUCAGCUGGAGAAACUUGAGAAGCUCAGUUCUACUCCUAGCAAGUCUAAAUCCAAGGCUAUGGAUGAGGCAGUGAAAAGGGCCCUUGCUACUGCCUGUUUUCCUGCUAAGAGUUUGUUAAGGGUGUCAAUUCUACUUGCGUCCAAGCCUUCCAAUUCUAGCAGCAUUGCUUGA